ACCCCCCCAACACCACUACUGUCCGCUGUCUCAUCCUCUCCCUCUCUCACCCCCCCCCCCGACCCCCAGACUUCCCUGAACAUCACCAUCGACUACUCUCACUAUGACGACUACAACGACAGUGACACGAACUCCAACGUACCAGUGGAUGGGCCCCCCCGGAUCCCGCCGAUGCCCCUGCCUGACAUCCUAGCCCUGGUCAUCUACCUGGUGGUCUUCCUGGUGGGGGUGCCCGGCAAUGCCCUGGUGGUGUGGGUGACCAACUCCGAGGUCAAGCGCAUGGUCAACGGCAUCUGGUUCUUCAACCUGGCGGCUGCCGACCUACUGUCCUGCUUGGCGCUGCCCUUCCUGUUUGUGGCCGUCAUCCAGCGGGACCGCUGGAUCUUUGGGGAGUUCGCCUGCCGCAUCCUGCCCGCCCUAAUCCUGCUCAACAUGUAUGCCAGCGUCCUGCUCCUGGCCACCAUCAGUGCCGACCGCUUCCUGCUGGUCGUCCACCCUAUCUGGUGUCAAAACCAUCGCAGUGUCAAGCUGGCCUGGCUGGUCUGCGGGGUCACCUGGUCCCUGGCCCUGCUGCUCACCGUCCCCUCCGUCAUCUUCCGGGUUCUGAAGCAGGAGGCCUUCUCCAGAAAGAUCACCUGCUCCAUGGACUAUGGCAAGGAUGGCUGGCGGACCGAGAGGGCCGUGGCUGUGUCCCGGCUGGUCCUGGCCUUCCUGUGGCCUCUGUUCAUCUUGUCUGUCUGCUACACCUUUCUGCUCAUCCACGCCUGGAGCCGUCAGGCCACCCGCUCCACCAAGACCCUCAAGGUGGUGGUGGCUGUGGUGAGCAGUUUCUUCAUCUUCUGGCUGCCCUACCAGGUCACCGGCCUCCUGAUGGCCCUGUACCCCAGGGGCUCGGUGGUCUACCAACGCGUGAACUAUGUGGACAGCCUCUGCGUGGCCCUGGCCUACAUCAACUGCUGCAUCAACCCGGUCAUCUACGUGGUGGCUACCCAGAGCUUCCAUGCCCGCUUCCUCAAGUCCUUGCCUGCCAGGCUCCGCCAUGUGCUGACUGAAGAGUCGGUAGACAGAGAGAGCAGAUCCGGCACCAUGUCCACCGUGGACACCCCCUCCCAGAAGAGCCAGGCUGUGUGAUGGGAGAGACUAGAACUAUGGUGGUUACCAUUUGGCGGGGGUGGGGUGGGGUGGGGGAGGACACGGAAUGUCGAUGGUGGGAAUGAUAUAUACUAUGAACUAUACUUCUAUCUAAUAAUCUUGUAAAUCACUAUUAAAUCACAAAUGAAACUAUAUAAAGACAGACACACGGAGGAGACACCACAGCACUGCCUCAGUGCUCAUCCUUUGCGUAGCACUUCCUGUGUGGCCUUUGACCAUCUUAGCAUGUGCACGCUACUGGAUGAACUAUCCCCGCCCCCCCCCCCCCCAAUUAUUCUUGUUUUGGACAAAGCAGAAGUGGAUAGAACUCUCUAAAGAUUUUGCAAGUGAGUUGAUGUAAAGGCCAGCAGCAAGCACAAACCUGACUUCAUUGAGUUAAAAAAAAAAAAAAGAUAAUGCCAUUAGGAUCCAGAGAGAGAAGAGGAAAAAAAAAAAAGACAUUUGUAAGUAGUAAUAGGUGUAGGUGUGGCUUAGAAAGGAAGAGAAGGUAGGACUAUAGGAAAAAAUGAACAAAAAUAUGGAAAUAUGGAUAGAUUCUUAUAAAAAUAAUAGUGCUUCAGGAGGUAGCGUAGUGGAGAAAGCAUUAGAUACUAGACUCUCAAGCAUGAGGUCCCAAGUUCAGUCCCUGGAAGCACAUGUUUCAGAGUGAUGUUUAGUUCUUCCUAUCUUUCUGAUGAAUAAAUAUGUAAAAUAUUAAACAAAUAAUAGCCAACCCAUAUUAGUGACCUUUGGAGAACCACUGCAGUUUCCAUUGGAGGGAAUGGGGACACAGGACUCUGGUGGUGGAAUUGUGCUCCUGUUACCUUGUAAUUUUGUAAAAAAAAAAAAAAAGGAUGUGUCCCCCAUUAAAUUUUUUAAAUAAAAAUAAUAUAUUUUCCAUAUAAAAAAUCCUUGUAAAGUGUUGGAGUCAACAUAAAUUAUGCCCUGUCAUAUACUCAAACACAAAAAUGGAUGAAGUAGAAAGAUAGGAUGUGUUCAUGACCAAAAGCAACUAUGAGGAGGUUGUGGCUGGGAAACGUAGGUGGGCACCUCCCAGGAAGGGAAUCAUGGGAAGAGGGGUUUGAUAGGCUUCACAAGAUGCCAUUCUAUUUGAAUAAAACAAACAAACAAACAGCCUCCAUAAAAACAAGUCUUUGAGGCCAGGAGAUGGCACAGUGAGUAAAGAAAGCACUGGACUCUCCAGCAUGAGGUCCUGAGUUCUAGCCCUAGUAUUCCCACUGCCAGAAUCAUGCUCUGGUUCUCUCUCUCUCGAAUAAAUAAAAAAACUUAUUAUUA